CGGCACCACGCUUAAACCAAUCCAGUGUAUAUAUAUAUCAGUGGUGCGAACUGGCGGCAGCGUCGAAAAACAAAAAAUGCACCGUAAGCGUAUUUCCCCCACCACGCAACUUUUGAUGAGUUUCAAGACCUGUAUGUAAGACCGUGCUUAUGGCAACGCUACUGAAGUGGUGUACUAAAAUUGCUAAUGCGUUUUCGCGCCAUACGGGUGGCCGACAUGAGAGAAGAUCAUAAAAUCGCAUAUAAAUUGAGUAUUGCGUGGGAUAUACGGUUACGAUAAUGACAUUUAAAAUAUUCUACGCAUCAUUAAUGGACUUGGAAAUAGCCAAAAGAAAGAAGAACUAGAAGAAGUAUAAACGCAUUCCAUGCUGACAGUUGUGGAUGGACUGAGGGUGAUCGAGGGUUGACAAUCGAGGGUUAACAAGAUAGUUGUGGGUUAAUCACCGGUUGUACAAUAUCUAAUAAAAUGGCAGCGACGGAGUUGAAGAAAGAAGAGGUCCGACAGGCUGUUGUUCUAGCAGAUGACUUCUCCACAAAUUUACAUCCCAUGCAGACGCUCUACCCAAGUGCGUUGAUGCCGGUUUUUCAUAUUCCACUUUUGGAAUACCUGACAGAAACUUUAGUGAGGAACGAUAUACAGGAGUUAUUUUUGUACUGCAGUAACCACGUUGAAUCUUUAAGAUCGUACGUACAAAGUCAAAAUUACAAAGGCCUUAUCAAUGUACAUUUAAUCGUCUCUGAUGGCUGCCGUUCGCUUGGCGAUGCUCUACGAGACAUCGACAGCAAAGGUAUCAUUCGCGGCGACUUCAUCCUGAUCAGAGGCGACGCUUUCACCAAUGCCAAUCUAAAGAGGCUUCUCGACUGGCAUCGAUUUAAGUCAAAACAAGACAAAGGCGCUGCGAUGACGCUGAUAUUCCGUGAUUUAGGAUCUAACAAUUUUCCGGCGAAAGAAAACAAAACUUGUCUAAUUGCCGCUGAUAACUCGAAUAACAAAGUUUUGUUUCAUCAAAAACUCUCAGAGAAAGACAGAAAAGUCAAAUUGGAAUUACAGUUGUUCUUGGAUCACGAUUGUGUCCGAAUACACAGCGGUUUACUGGAAACUCAUAUUUACCUUUGCUCAGCGUCGGUGCUUCCCUUGUUUUCUGACAAUUUCGAUUUUCAGACCAUGGAAGACUUUAUCCGUGGAGUCUUAAUCAACGAGGAAAUUCUAGACUCUCGAAUUUACUGGCAAAAAUUAGAUCCAGAAGAAUACGCGCUGCCAGUCACAUCUUGGAGGGAUUACAAUACUUUAAUCAGAGACAUACUUCAAAAACGUGGAUAUCCCCUAACCAUUGAGAUGAUGCCAAGUUGUAUGUAUUUUCUGUACCUACGUAGAUGUACGUAUAAACACAACAGCUCGAUUCUUGGGAAAGGCUGUACAUUGGAACGGGAUUGUGUGGUAUGUCCAAACAGUAAUGUGGGAGAAAACACACGCAUCACAGGUUCUGUGAUUGGAGAAGGCUGUAACUUGGGGAAUAAUGUGAGACUUGAAAAUUCUUACUUGCUGGGUAAAGUGAGAAUUGGGGAUGAUUGUGUCGUUAAAAAUUCAGUUUUAUUCUCCGGCUGUGAGUUGGGUAAUUCAGUUGAGAUAGACGGCUGUAUUUUGGGCCCGAAAUUUAAGCUGAAAUUGGAAAGUGUUCACACGGAUUCCCUCAUGCAAAUUGAUUCAAAUGAUUGUAUCACUUACAUCUCCAUGAGCAAAGCUCAUCCUGACACUGAUCAAGAAUUACCCUAUUUCAAAUACACAUGUACAAACGAGUCCGACGAUGAUUCUGAUGAUCCUGAAGACUACAGUAGCAGCGAUGAAGAAUCGAUUGCUGAGAUGCCACUCACUGAUGAUACGCACAUGUUUUUUACAGAAGUGAUGGAGAGUUUGAUGCGAGGAUAUCAGGACAAAGUCAAAUGCGAGAAUUUGAUACUAGAAAUUAAUUCAUCAAGAUAUGCUUACAAUGUUACUAUUCGCGAAGUUUCUUACAACGUAGUUAAAGCUGUAUUAAGUUUACCAAUGGAGUAUCUCAGCAAUUCUGGUUCAGAAAUUUCGUCACAAAGCUACCAGAAGACAUUGAAACUGAUGUUGGAGUAUUUUGACAUGGUUAUAUUGAACUAUGUCAAAUCAUAUGAAGCUCAGACAGAUUGCUUGCGAGCUAUUCAAGACACCGCUGCUACAUUGGACACUGUAUCUUCAAUUCUGUUUGUGUUCAAAAAUUUAUACAAUUGUGAUAUAUUGUCAGAGGAAAAAAUUCUUGAGUGGUACGAGCUCGAUGAUGAGGAUAACAAUGACGUUAUGCAGAAACAGGUGAGACUGAAAAUGAAAAAAGACAUUCAACCGUUGGUUAGAUGGCUACGCGAAGCUGAAGAAGACUCUAGCGACUAACCUGAAAUUUGUCGAAGGAAAUCAUAAUAAGGAUGAAUCAGUCAGUCAAUCUGAAUCAAAAGUGACGAAAAGAGAAAACAACUUUUUAAAUAGUUUUCAACAAUGUGAGUUGCUUCAAUGAUGCUCAAAACUCUAAUGAAACCUCAUUCAUCCCUACUGUGCAACAGAAAUGAUUUCGAGCAAAUUUAAACAACACAGGCUAAGAUAUUCACAAUUUUUCAUGAAUUUGAAGCGAUUGAACUCCGAUGUUUUGAUCCGAUUCUAAUGUUUCUUGCAAUUAUUCUGCUCCUUGAUUAGACCUCUAUAAAUUAUCUAAAAAAAACUUCAAGAUAGCUAACAUUGUGGUAUAGUUAUAACGCACAUGUGACAUUGGUGACGAGCAUCUGUUGUGCUUUUACUAAAAAAAUUUUGUUUUUUCCACUCCAGUGAUGACAACUUUCUCUUCAAUUGUUAAUAUUGAAUAUUGAUCUAUUGAAAUUUACACAAUUAAUAGAGAUGUGUUUCAUUCGUGUUCACUAUCAUUGGCAAAAAUAUGAUUAUUGGAGAUUUUUAAACAGUGUUUUUCUUUUUCUCUAACCUGCUUCAUACGGUCUGGCCAAUGCAUUCUUGAGUAAUUGUAAGAUUCAACUUAUAUAUGACAACUUUUAUGCAUGCAUGGCACCGACGGAAAAUAUAUUUUAUAAAUUUUACCUGUACAAACAUCAUCUAACAACACGGCAAUGUUGACCCUUCCUGUAUUAUAUAAAGCAUAAUACAAAUCGUGCAAGAAAAAUGUAUAUUUGCGUAAAUGUGUGUAAACCAUUAUAUCGGACGUGUAAAUAAAUUGAUCCAAUAAAACUAGUUCCUUCUUAAUGCUGAAGUUCAAAUUCUGGGAUUAGAAUUAUUCUGGAGUUUUAUUUUUCAGUAUACCUACUUGUAAGAAGCCGCCUAGUAAUCGGAAAAAUUGAAUCGUAUUAAAAAAGAUUCAUUUUGAUGUUUGUCGCCAAAAUUUUCAAGGAAAUUUAUUGCAUGUACGAAAAUUAAUAAAAUUUUAUCGUUCUAUUGUUUAGAAUGUGAGUUUACUGAUUCAGUUACUUCCCAUUUUGUUGUGUUUGAAUUGUGACAUAACUUCAAUUCGAUCCAAUCUGUACAUACAAUUUCCUUUCUAUCCAUUUCUAUUAGAUUUUUUCGUACAAAUUUAAAUUUACUUCGUAUAAAAUUUAAUACGUGUUAAAUAUUAGCGUUUUGAUCGUUUUCUAUUUGAUUUCUUGGCUUUUCAAUCGAGUUCAAAUCCGUGACGAAAGGUCCGUAAUAUUAUCGCGGAUUAAUUUGAAAUGAUUUUCACAUCACGGAAUACAUUAUUUUUAUUUCGGAAUUUCGAAUUGGCAGACACAGAUAUUCAGAUACCGUUCAAUCUGUUAUUUUUUUUUUACAGAGUAUGAAGUAUUUGUAACUUUUAGUCUUAUUACUAAUAAUUGUAAGCGUGGCUUGAAUACAUAGAGAAUGUACUACAGUCUCAUUUUUUAAAAUAAAUUACUUUAUUUCUUGACCAUAUAUGCGAAUUUUUUAAAUACAGAGCUUAGUUUAACUUCAAUAAUUGUUUUAUUUAUCGUCUAUUAUAGUCGUGAUAAAGCGUGAUCUGAGCUGUUGCUGGUUGAUUUAUGUUUUAUAAUAUAGAUAUAAUAAUAGGUAUAAUACGUGAUUGUCUGUGAUAAAAUGACGCGUUAUAUCAUCAAUAUUAUGUAUAUAAUCUGCGUAUUACAUAGCAUACUGCGUAAUUCUCUAAACUAUUUAUUGUUAUUAGCGAAUUAACUAAGCGAUUUAGCUAGAUUUAAUUUUCGUAUGAUUCGUUUAUCACUGGACGCUCGUCUCAUUGUACAUUUUUUAUGAGGAAAAACAGCGCUUAUAAUAUUAUUAUUAUAUGUAUUUAUGCAUAUUGGGGUGGCCAUUAUUUCGCUUUUGGACAUUUCUUUUCGCGCUCCCCCUGAAAACGUAAGCAAGGUGUGCAAAAAAAAAAAAAAAAAUGCGUUUCAAGUUUGUAGGCGCUCGGAUAAUUUAAUACCCAUGCCAUCGAGCAGUAGACGUUUUAAAUGAAAAAUACAUGUAUUUUCUCGAUGUCAAUACGCACCAUACUUCUUACACAUAUCGCGUGACUAAUGGCAUAAAGUUGUAACGACCAAAAAUGCGAUUUUAAUAGGAAAAGGGCGUAUAACUUUUUUCUUUUCACCAUUCGCUCUUAAAAUAAUCAAAACGUAUAAUUCAAUUGAAAUCAAGCAUUUGAAAACAUAAAGGCAAAUGGUCGUAUGUUCAGCAGAUACAACUUUUUUCCACUAAUAAGUAUACACGAAAAAAAAGAUCAGAACAAAAGGUCGCAGCCAUCUUAAAGAAAAAAAAAAAAAAAAAAAUCACUAGAUCCCACA